UAGACUAUAUCCUGUUUUGUUUUGCAGUUGCCGAACUUCUAUUUUUCUUGGCCUUUCAACUUAAGAAACAGUGAAUAUGAGCUAGUGCGUCGUCGUAGGAAAUUCACGCUCAAGCGCAAAGAAGCUGACGAUGCUUGCGGAGGUCUUGGCGUUGGCCUCCGCGUCUUGCAGUAGUAGGCUGCUUGAACUGUGAGUCUUUCGAUCUGCAAUCCGUGAAUGGAUAAACCAUACGGUAUAUGGAAUAAACCUGGAACUUCCACCGGUGAUUAUGAAGAGUAUUAACUUCAUAUCAUAUAGUGAUGUUUCGUGAGAAUCCUCCUGACUCCUGUAUGUCGUUUGAAACUUGCCAAAUGGACAUCUCAUUUAGAUUCAACUUGGGCUGCUAUGAAGCUUCGAUCGGCGUUGCACUCGCUGCAAAUCAUUGACAGUCACAGAAAAAGAUCAGAAGGGAAUUUGCUAAUAAGGGAUCGUGUCAAUCAUAGGCUACUCUAUUGAAUUGUCCUCCACUCAUUUACCGCGGAAAAUAGAUGCCAACUGCGGGCUAUCGAAACACCAUAGGAAUAAGUCUUCAACCAUUUGAACACCACCUUAAAAGUGGGAAAAACGAGGGAUACGACGAGACGCGGGAGAAAGGAUGCAGUCGGGAAAGGGAAUGAAGAAGCUCUCGGCAGGUGGAGGAGCGUCGCUCUGCUGUCUGUUGCUCUUGUGGGUCAUCUACUCCCAUCUCCUGAGAGAGGGCCAGUUGGCGGUGGGCACGUGUGAGAUCGUGACGCUCAACAGAGACAGCAGCGUGCCCAGGCGCACCAUCGACCGCCAGACUGCCCGCUGUGCCUGCAGGAGAGGCCAGAUCGCUGGCACCACGCGAGCCAGGCCUGCCUGCGUCGACGCGCGUAUCGUGAGGGGCAGACAGUGGUGUGAGAUGGCGCCCUGCUUGGAGGGGGAGGUGUGUGGCCUCCUCUUCAACCGCUCUGGCUGGACCUGUACCAAAGGCAGUGGCCGUAUCAAGACAGUCACG